AUGCUCGCAUGCACCACUCGAGAGCAUCCUAACACGCCGAUCCGCGAGUGGAUCGUUGGGUACGCGCUGCAGUGCCUUGUGCAUGUGGUGCUCGUGUGGCUCGAGUACAGGCGCCAGAGUCGGAGAGAAUCACUCCGUGCCGCAAGGGACGUGGGGAACAGUGCCCCAAGCGAUGUUGGCAACAGCGACGAAGAUGGGAGCUCUGGCAUCUCUUCUCGCUCCCGGUUCACAAAACGAUGUGAAUCAUUAAAUAUUGGGGUUUCAUUCCUUUGGUGGAUAGUGGGUUUUUACUGGGUUGUCUCUGGUGGUGAUAUGCUUCUGCAAGAUGCCCCACGAUUGUACUGGUUGUCUGUUGUCUUUCUGGCAUUUGAUGUUUUUUUUUGCCAUAUUUUGUGUUGUCUUGGCGUACCUGGUGUCGGGCUUCGCCGACGACGGCGGCGCUGUGAGGCGCGUUUUGCUGGCGCUGUACCACCUCGGGAACCGGUACGUGGUGCACCUGGACCUGGAGGCCUCGGCAGAGGAGCGUGCGGAUCUGGUGAGGUUAGAUCUUUGGUCUGGAGAGUUGGUCGUAAAUCUCCAAGUUAUAAUGCAAGUGAUUCUGAGUCUGAUGAUUUAAAAAAGGAUUAUAGUGGGUGUGCACACUAA